AUUUCACCCACGGAGUGCUUUGAAGAAAUGAGGCGACUGUAUAGGCACUCAGGGCUCAACGACCUGCCAGCGCCUCUUCACAAGGCCCCUGGGGUUGUCCGACUGAAGAGCCAGGCCUACUGACCCAACCGUCACCAUUACAUCUUCAAACCAGUCACAUUUAGCUCCAAUGGCAACUGUAUUUUUCUGUUCUCCAAGCUAAAAGGAUGAUUGUUUUGCCCCCACUACUGUCAUCUUUAUUGAAUCUGAACUGGCUUCUAUAUUGUUGGCAGAGGAGCGAAGGACAGACGAGGAGGUAGAAGGUGGUGCGCUGUGCCAAGCUGGAUUUGGGGAGAGGAGCUAAAGAUGGGCAAAUCAAACAGCAAGUUAAAGCCUGAGGUUGUGGAAGAGCUAACAAGAAAGACAUAUUUCACGGAGAAAGAAGUACAACAAUGGUACAAAGGUUUCAUCAAAGACUGUCCGAGUGGGCAGCUGGAUGCUGUUGGCUUUCAGAAGAUUUACAAGCAAUUCUUCCCCUUUGGAGAUCCCACAAAGUUUGCCUCUUUCGUCUUCAAUGUAUUUGAUGAAAAUAAGGAUGGACGAAUUGAGUUUUCUGAGUUCAUCCAAGCUUUGUCUGUCACGUCUCGGGGGACCCUGGAUGAGAAGCUGAGAUGGGCGUUUAAACUGUAUGAUCUUGAUAAUGACGGCUACAUCACCAGAGAUGAGAUGUUAAACAUUGUAGAUGCCAUAUAUCAGAUGGUGGGAAACACUGUGGAACUCCCUGAGGAAGAAAACACACCAGAGAAGCGCGUGGACCGUAUAUUUGCAAUGAUGGACAAGAAUGCAGAUGGGAAGUUGACUCUGCAGGAAUUCCAGGAGGGUUCAAAGGCAGACCCCUCAAUUGUUCAGGCAUUGUCACUUUACGAUGGACUUGUGUAGUAAUGUGAGGUGAGUAGAGUAGGGCACUAACAAGCUUCAACAACAAAACUCCAGCACCUGAACUUAUCCAUUCAGUGUUAUCAAAAUACAAAGAAAUUCUGGUACAUGAAUUAAAACCAAAGCAAAUAUGGCAGAUCCCGCUCAGUUUGUUGCCAUGAAUUAUUCAUUAGCCGCAUCGUUGCUGGCAAUGAAAUACUGUAGUCUUGCAGCGCUGAGUGAGGAGCCCCUCUCACACUAAUGUAAUAUGCUGGCUGAUGCCAAUUGUUGCUGACAUCCUGCUCAGUGUUUUGUCAACUGCAAAGAGAGCCUAUGAAUACAUAUUUUUCCAAGUAUGUUUGGUGGUUUUGAGAGAAAGCAAAACCCAUGCAUCUUUCAUGAAAUCAGAUACUACAGUGUAUGUUUAAGAUCAGACACUUCUAUAUAGUCCAAUAUCACCCUACUCCAUCAUCACAAGUAGAGAAAGAAGUGUGACCAAUUUAAGUUACUCAUCCGAAGAGGACUGUGAGCGCUUGUGCCUGUACCUCUGCAUUUCCAGCUCUUAACACAUCUGUAUCUUCUGUUACGGCAAGAAAUUCUGACGUGACAGUUAUAUAGCACUACAAAUCUGCAAGCCUUGUAUUGUCAAUCCUCUGCUGACACUUUAAAGAACCGAAUCUUUUGCAAAAAUGUUGCAUCGAGAAACUUGGGAACUAACUUGAAGGAAUUGUGCUGCUGAUCCACAAAAAGUGACUCACUUUCAAGAGAUUGUGGAAAAAUAACAAUGAAAACAUGGACUGAAAUCUUAAAACUGAUUUGUGUAAAUUGUAUAAUGUAAAUAUAAUGGUAAUUUAUUUUCUGCUUUGUUCCGUUUGUGGAAGUUUCUUUAUGAAAAUGGAAUGAUGUUAAAUUUUUUAUUGAUGUUCAUUUGUAUUGCACUGUUCUUUUCAUUAAUAUUAAUGUAGGGUUACUUUUACAGAGGGAACAGGGUUUUUAUUUGGACAUGAGUGUUAAAGGAGUGGGAUGUUUUGUAUAAAUUAUUUUACUAUGUUUGUUUCUUGUUCCACAUCCUUGUUAGAAAUAGUGUUUUCGUGUCGCUGAAAGUCGGCUUCAAUCUACCCUCGGCACAGACAAUAGCGGGAUGAUUUUAGAGGCACUGCUUUCAUCACCUCUGGUUGUAAAGCUUUUGUGAGCUUUGUGUUUACAGCUCUCUAUCUGUUCUGUGUCCAGAGCAUGUGAGGAGGUCUUUUUAUUUCCUCAUUGAUGAGGGUGUUCUUUUGGAGUUAAUGCCUUAUGGAAUUAUGUCACUACAUUAUUCAUGUAAUAUUAUAAGAGCACAGAAUAAAUGCAUUUUAUGGC